AUGAUUGUAAUUAAGACAGAAGAACUUAAUUAUCUAAUUUAUACCUACUUUUUAGAAUAAGGAUAUUCGCACAGUGCAUUUGCUUUGAUCAACGAAGUGAAAUUAGAUUAGCAACUUUAUCGAGAUGAUGUUAAACCAGGCCAACUGAUCAAUUUAUUAGAGAAGGCUUUGUUAUUUUAGCAAUUGCAAGACCAUAUUCAGAUCAAUUAAUAUUAUGAAUGCAAAGUGCCCCAAUUACUAAUACAAAAGCAUGUUUGUUAAUUUACAGAGAAAAAGCAAUUGGCUGAGAAGUAGGAAAGAAGAGAUCGUGAAAUAAUGAUUCAGAAUGCAUUGAUGAGGAGUCAGGAAUUUGUGUCUCGCAAUGGACAAACAAUGGAUUUGAAUGUUGAAUUAUAAUAGGACAUAAUACAAUUACAGGACGAGAUCUUGUUGAGUGAUUGGAAUGCACAAAAAAACAUUUUGGCAAUAUAUCAACUCAAUUGCAUUAAAUUGAUCCAAAACAAUUAAAUACUACAAAUAAUGCCAACAGUUGUAGGUGAGUGCUUUUCUAGAGUCAAAUUAAUGAAGUUUGAUAGAUCGAGCGGCAACAAUAUGUUAAUAGUAUAUGAAAAUGGCGCUGCAAAAGUGAUAGACACUACAAUUCAAAUCAUUAAAAUGUUCAACAUCAAAAAUGCAAGCAAAUUAUUGGACUUCCAUUGGAACCUCAAUUGGCCUAAUGUGGUUGCUCUCAUUUUUGAGAAGGAUGUCGAAAUAGUGGACAUAUAUAAAUGCCAAACUUUGAAGUACUUAGAAAAUGUGAUUCAUUUUGAGUGGAGACAUUUUGAUCACUUCAUCGUGAUGGAUCUUAAUUAUUACAUAAAUUUAAUGCAGAUUGAUAUUGACAAACCACAAUUAUAAUUAAAAGCCGAAUUAGAAACCACCUUGAUCGAAUUCAACAAAAGGAAGACCUUAUUAGCUUCCUUCUCAAGCACCUUAAAUGUCAUAAAGAUAUGGACAUUGUAAAAUGAUGAGUAUGUGUUCGAAAUUACAGACGAUCAGAAAAUUUUGUAAUUUUGUUGGUGCUCUUCACAAAAUGCCAAUUAUUUAAUCACACUAACAUCUUAGACUCUCAAUAUAUGGGAUGUUGAAUUCGGAUAGAUCAAAUCUACUUAUGAAAUCGACUUCAAUGUUGCUAAGAUGGUUUCUAUGGAUCUCUUGAAUGAUACUCCCUAAGUGGUGUUGAUUGGUGAAAAGGUUGUGCUGUACGAUUUGAUAAACAAGAAGAGAAGAGUGUUCAAUUGCGAUACUCCUAAUAAAGUGCUGCGCAUCAAUGAUGAAGAGAUACUGUUCAUAUUUAGGAGUAGUUACAUUGUUUACAAAAAAAAUUGA